GGUCACAGUGCUGCUAUCACCGCCUGUCACCCCCUGUUUGCUAAGGAGGUAUCCGCACAGAAGAGUAGGUACUAUGGAGAGGUAUAGCAAUUAACCUUUACGAGGAAAAGAAACGCCUGGCGAAGCAGUAGCACCCUUAACAUCGCAAACAUGUUUGGCCGGUCACGGAGUUGGGUUGGAGGACAGGGGAAAGCGAAAAACAUCCAUUCCCUGGACCAUUUGAAAUAUAUGUACCACGUCCUGACAAAAAACACCACUGUCACAGACCACAACAGAAACCUGCUGGUCGAGACCAUCCGCUCCAUCACAGAGAUCCUCAUCUGGGGGGACCAGAAUGAUAGCUCUGUGUUUGACUUUUUCCUGGAGAAGAACAUGUUCGCCUUCUUCUUGAACAUCCUCCGUCAGAAGUCCGGUCGUUAUGUGUGUGUCCAACUCCUCCAGACGCUCAACAUACUUUUUGAAAACAUCAGCCAUGAGACCUCCUUGUAUUAUCUUCUGUCAAACAACCAUGUCAACUCCAUCAUCGUUCACAAGUUUGAUUUCUCAGAUGAAGAGAUCAUGGCUUAUUAUAUCUCAUUCCUCAAGACUCUGUCACUCAAACUGAACAACCACACGGUGCACUUCUUCUACAAUGAGCACACUAAUGACUUUGCCCUGUACACCGAAGCAAUUAAGUUUUUCAACCACCCUGAAAGCAUGGUCCGCAUCGCCGUCCGCACCAUCACGCUCAACGUCUACAAAGUGGACAACCAGCACAUGCUGCACUACAUUCGGGAUAAGACAGCGGUUCCCUAUUUCAGUAACUUGGUGUGGUUCAUCGGUAGCCAUGUCAUUGAACUGGACAAGUGUGUGCAGACGGAUGAAGAGCAUAAGAACAGAGGAAAGUUAAGUGACCUGGUAGCAGAGCACCUAGACCAUCUCCACUACUUGAACGAUAUUCUCAUCAUCAACUGUGAAUUCCUUAACGAUGUGUUAACCGACCACCUCCUCAACCGGCUCUUCCUGCCCCUCUAUGUGUACUCGCUGGUCAGUCCUGAGACGUCUGAAGAGCGGAAAAUUAAUCCUCAGGUGUCCCUCUACCUGCUCUCUCAAGUCUUUCUGAUCAUCCACUAUCGGCCACUGGUCAGCGCACUCGCAGAUGUUAUUCUCAAUGGAGACCUGUCCGUCUUCACCUCACAGCCAGAUGUGCACAGCAUGCAGAAAACCACGGCCAGUGCAGGAGGAGUGCGCCGGUUCAUCAAACCUCCAGAGUCUCUGGAGCGCUCUCUGGAGCUGUCCCGCCACCGAGGCCGCAAGAGAACACAGAAAAGGCCAAACUAUAAGAACCUUGGCGAGGAGGAGGAUGAUGAGAGAGCAGGGGGAGGUGGCAGCAGUGGUGGAGGAGGACCAGAGGAGGGCUGGGAUGAUGACGGUGGCAGAGGAGCGGAGAGGGAGAAGGGAAAAGGUACAGAGGGAGGAAGUGUUGGGAGCUCUAAGGGAAGCAGAGCGAGUGGGGAGAUGGCGGAAGAAAUAGAGAUGGUCGUGAUGGAGAAGUGUAAGGUGUCGGAGCUGACGGAGCAGAACAUCACCGACGAGGAGAAGACGGCGGCUGCAACCCGCACGCAAUCACAGAGGAGCAGACCCUUCUUAGACAUGGUGUACAGUGCCCUGGACUGCACCGCCGAUGACUACCACGCCCUGUUCGUCCUCUGCCUGCUGUAUGCCGUCUCACACAGCAGAGGUGUAAACCGUGACCUCCUGGAGCGUCUGCAGCUGCCCGUUCCAGACCAAGAGAGAAGCUCUUACAGUCUGGUGCUUGUAGAGAGACUGAUAAGGGUUAUGAACCAGGCAGCCCAACCAGAUGGGAAAGUCCGUCUUGCCACCCUGGAGCUAACCUGCCUUUUACUAAAGCAGUCCGUGCUGUCUGGAAACCACUGUAUAAUCAAAGAUGUCCAUCUGGCCUGCCUGGAGGGUGCCCGAGAGGAGAGUCUGCAUUUACUGCGAAGAUUCUACAAGGGGGAAGAAAUCUUUCUCGACAUGUUUGAAGAUGAAUACAGAAGCAUGACGAGCAAGCCGCUGAACGUGGAGUAUUUGAUGAUGGAUGCAUCCAUACUGCUCCCACCAACGGGCACCCCUCUGACGGGCAUUGACUUUGUGAAGAGACUGCCAUGUGGGGAUGUGGAGAAAACUCGCAGGGCGAUUCGAGUGUUCUUCAUGCUGAGGUCCUUGUCACUUCACCUUCAGGGAGAGCCUGAGACUCAGCUCCCUCUGACCAGACCUGAGGACCUUAUCAAGAUGGAUGACGUCUUAGACCUCAACAACAGUGACCUAAUUGCCUGCAUGGUGGUCAGCAAAGACGGCGGCCAAUCCCAGAGAUUCCUGGCUGUGGACAUCUACCAGAUGAGUCUGGUGGAACCAGAAACCAAACGUCUUGGAUGGGGCGUCGUCAAGUUCGCUGGCCUUUUGCAAGACAUGCAGGUGUCGGGUGUUGAGGAUGACAGCCGAGCUUUGAACAUUGUUAUUCACAAGCCCAGCUCCAACCCCCAUGCCAAGCCUCUGCCCAUCCUGCAGGCUACCUUCAUCUUUGCUGACCACAUCCGCUGCAUCAUCGCGAAGCAGAGAUUGGCCAAAGGUCGCAUUCAGGCACGACGCAUGAAGAUGCAGAGGAUCGCAGCUCUCCUGGACCUGCCGGUGCAGCCCAGUGCGACAGAGGUGUUGGGUUUCGGUCAGACAGCCAGCGCAUCACCCAGCGGCCUGCCUUUCCGCUUUUACGAGCAGUCCAGGCGGGCCCCCAAUGACCCCACAGCAAACCGAACUGUGUUUGCCUCGGUGGAUAAAGUGCCAGGUUUCGCCGUGGCUCACUGCGUGUCACAGCACAGCCCCUCGCCCCUCCCCUCCCCCUCGCCUCCCUCCAGUGGAAGCGGGAGCACAGGAAGAUGCGACUCGGCCACGGCCAGCACCACAUCGGCACAGAGCCCCACAGAUGACGGUGCGUUUUUGGAGCACACCCCGCCCUCUUCCUCAGGCGGAGAAAGUGAAGCAGGAGGCGGAGAAGUAACUGUAGUUUCCUCUGCCCCAGUGCUGGCUCCCGCUUUGGCGCCAAGCCUCACUCCGGCCGCGCAGCCCACCAUCUCCCUGCUGACCGACGGCAGCGCCGACGCCCUGAGCGUGGAGUCCCUCACGCUGCUGCCCCCGGCCGACCCGCCGCGCCUGCACCCGUGCGCCGCCGCCGCCCUCCCCCUGCACAGGCCGGACGCCAGCAUCGCCGAGGAAGCGGAGGAGGAAGAGCGAGACGGGAACGGAGAGGAAAGAGGAGAGGAGGAAGGGUCGCCGACGGACGGGACCGAGACGGAGGCCACUGUAAAAGAGGAGACAGCGGAGGGGCUCACGCCCACCCACCAGGACGCUCCCGCCGAUGGAGAGGACUCACCAGGGCCUGAUCUGGCAACAGAAGACUCAGAGUUUGGCUCCGAAACACCAGACUCACCUGAGCUGGAUUAG